AUGAAAAUGAAAAUCAAACUCAACUCGGAAUUCAAGUUCUUACUCUACGCCCACCUCGUGCUUGCAAUCUUUCUCAUUUAUGAGCUGUUUGAUUUAAUCACCUUGCUGUACGACGAUUCGUACCGAUAUGCCUUUUUGCCCAAUGAAUUAAAUAAUGAAAACUAUAUUCAACAACAGCCCCAAUUAAUACCUAAAAUUAUCCAUCAGACUUAUAAGACUACCGAUAUUCCAGAACACUGGAAAGAUGGCCAAAAGAAUUGCCAGAUUUUGAAUCCAGAUUAUAAGUAUAUUCUUUGGACUGAUGAAAUGGCAAGAGAUUUCAUUGCCGAACAAUACCCUUGGUUUUUAAAGACAUUUGAUAGUUACCCCUUCCCUAUAGAAAGAGCAGACGCAAUCAGGUAUUUUAUUCUCUAUCAUUUCGGUGGUAUCUACAUUGACUUGGAUGAUUCUUGCCAGAGAAAUUUAGAUCCUUUAUUAACAGUUCCUGCCUUUGUGAGGAAGACACUACCAACGGGGAUCUCAAAUGACCUGCUGGGAUCUGUUCCAAAUCAUCCGUUCUUUUAUAAGGCAAUUAACCAGUUGGAAAAAUACCAGAGAAAUUGGCUGGUUCCUUACAUCACCAUUAUGUUUUCAACUGGCCCUCUUUUCUUGUCUGUUGUUUGGAAACAAUAUAUUAGAUGGGGGAACCCUCCAUCAGGCAUUGUUCGAAUCUUGAUGCCAGAUGAUUACAAGAAUGCAUCUAAUGCCUUCUUCAAAAUCACUAAAGGCUCUUCGUGGCAUGAAGACGAUGCUGCUGUUUUACUAUUGAUGGCCAAACAUAUUGUCUUGUCCGUCAUAUUUUGCACCCUAUUGGGUAUUGCGAUAAUUGCCUCUGAGUAUUUUUUCAUUGUCUGGUUCCAUAAACACUUUUCGCCAAAAAUCGUCAAAUUGUCUAGGAGUUUAAAGAAUUACCUCCUGGAGUUCACUCCACUUAGGACAAGGACUGAUUAUACAUUGUUGAAUGGUGACUAUAGGAACCGCAUCCCUAGGAAGGCUAGAAAAGACUCUAAUCUGCCAGUUGCUAUAUCCGUUGAUUUAGAAAAGAAUGUCACUGCCCUGGAUUCAAUUGAUGAAUCUUAA